UGAUAUUCAAUUGAAAUUUUGUAACUGUCAAAGGUUUCUUUCUGAGAAAAUAAGGAUUCAGAGAAUGGCUGGCGCAUCGGAAGAGGGACAAGUCAUCGGCUGCCACACCAUUGAGGCAUGGACGGAACAACUCCAAAAAGGCAAUGAAUCAAAGAAACUCAUUGUGGUGGAUUUUACUGCUUCUUGGUGUGGACCAUGCCGUUUCAUUUCUCCAUUCCUGGCUGAACUGGCUAAGAAAUACACAAAUGCCAUAUUUCUGAAGGUGGAUGUAGACGAAUUAAAGAGUGUUGCUCAAGAUUUUGCUGUUGAGGCAAUGCCUACUUUUGUGUUUGUGAAAGAGGGAAGUCUUCUGGGCAAAGUGGUGGGAGCAAAGAAGGAAGAAUUGCAGCAGACAAUAGAGAAACAUCUCUCUGCAUCUACUGCAUAAUCUUCCUCAUCUUAGCACUUUACUUUCAGCUUCAAAGACAUUUUAUGUUUUGGUAUAUUUAUGUUUUAGAAUCUUGUACUACACUUAUUUUUGCUAUUUCACUAAGUAGUUUUUUACUCUGUCAUCUGUUUCUGGAUACACCAACUGGUGCUUUGUUUCAGUCUUAAAUAAUAGUGGAUGGUGUUAUAUAUAUCAUGAAUCAUA